AUGGCGGCAGUUGCUGUGUCACAAAUCGAACUCCCCCGUCCGUUGGAGGGGCGUCGGCAGUUGGAGCAGGAAUGUGCUGCUCGUGCUGAUUCCAGCGAAUGGACGGUCAACAUGGACGACCAGCGGGACGUUCAAACUUCCAAGAGAAACGGCAGCUCCUCCGGGUCGUUACUAUCGGCCGGUUCAGCGGUGGCGAUGGAGAUUAAACGGAAGAAAAUCCGACAGAGUGCUUUAUUCCUGCAAACAGAGAACACAAACAUACAAGAAAAGCUUGACUUUGAGAUACGAAUGCGGGAGGGGGCCUACAAGCUGCUGCUGGCAUGCAGUAAGAGAGAACAGGUUCUUAACACUUCCAAGAACCUGCAGACCUGUAACGCCAGGAUCAAGGCUUAUCUCACACAGCUGCAGAAGACGAAAGAGGAGCAGGACCUGAGGGGAGCAGUCAUGAGACUUUCAGAUCCAGUUUCAGAUGACCGUGUACCCUGUAAUGGGACAAUUGCAUUGUCUGGAUUACGUUUUCCUUUAAUGUGGAGGGAUACAGCCUACUUUAACAACAGAGGGAGCUCCCGUCGAGUGGCGGUGUUCUGUCUGAUGCAGAUUGGAUCUGAGGUGUUUGACACAGAGAUGGUGGUGGUGGACAGAUCAGUCACUGACAUUUGCUUUGAGGGAGUCACCAUCUUUAAAGAUGCAGAUCCUCACUUUGAGCUAAAGGUGGAGCUGUGGAGCUGUGCUAUCGAAGAAGAGCUCACCUUGGUGAAUACGCCAAAGAAACUGGCCAAGAAGCUCCGCAGCUCCUUCGGAAGGAGCUCUGGGAAGAAGCUCUGCCCUCUGCUGGACAGCCCUGACCCUGACACCUUCCUGCAGUACAACCCCAUACCUGUUGGAGCCAAGUACAGCCUGCUGGCCUACACUUCUCUGUGUCUGCCCGAGGCUGAAGGCAGCUUUCAGUCUCACUCCCUCAUUGUCCUCCAAGACGCGGAGUGGUCAUCUUGGCUUCCUCUUUAUGGCAACCUCUGCUGCCGGUUGGUGGCCCAGCCUGCCUGCAUGACACAGAGCAUGAUGACCGGCUACUUGAGCCAGAAGCAAAGUGUGGAGGGGAUUUAUCGCUGUUGCAGUCUUUACUGCGUGCUGAGUGCCGGCGUUUUGUCCUGUUACUUCACCCCGGAAGAAAUUGAUGCUAAAGUGCAGCCCACUCUGAAUGUACCCAUUAGCAAGGAUACCCGCAUUCGUGUGAUGGAGAAGGAGUCAGCAGGCCAGAAAUCCAGGAGUCUGUCCAUCAUCAACCCUUCACCAGAGGGGUCCGAGACCAUCGUCUUCACCACAGAGACCAGGGAGGAGCUGGAGGACUGGCUGGAUGCUCUCCACCAGCACCUUUAUGAUCAGAGCCAGUGGCUGCACUGCUGCAACCAGCUAAUGAAGAUUGAAGUUGUGUCACCACGGAAACCAUCACUCUUCCUCACCAAACAGGCUGACUCUGUUUACAAUGACCUCAGUAUAAACUCACCUGGAAAGUUUGAGAGCAUCACAGACAUGAUUCACAAUAAGAUCGAGGAGACAGAUGGCCGCUUUCUCAUUGGUCACGAAGAGGAGAAGGUGGCACCUAAUUGGUCCACUCUGUUCGACGGGUCGCAUUCAGUGGUAGUGCAGAAAGGUGUUCUGUCCCAAAGCAAAACCUCCACCCCUUGCUCAAGCCCCAACCCCAACACCAGCUCUACAUCCAUCGGUAGCAAGAAGCGCCGUGCCCCGCCCCCUCCCUCUGACAGACAGCCCUAUGCUCCUCCCAGCCGCCCUGCCAGACCUCCUCUCCCUGCUUCUCUUCAUCUACCUCUUCCUCCCUCAUACCAGGAGAAGGAAAACACCGGCACUUUCACUUCACGGCCUGCCACAAGGUCCAAAACUGGCAGACCGUCUCUGGAUGCCAAAUUCUCUGCCAUCAUCCAGCAGCUCCAGCGGACCAACGCAGCAGGAGCUGGAGCCCUCAGCCGGAAAAACGCUCCAUUAGGCGUCCUCGACGUACAACCACAAAGCCAGCCUGCGCCUCCCCUCCAGCAGCUGGAGCACCAGAACCACCACACCCAGCAUACUGAAGCCGCAAGUGAUCUCGGCUUCAUCAGAGCGAGUCAUGGCCCUGGUCCUGUUCCCGCACCGAGGAACAAACUGAGGAAGUCUUUCAGAGAGAGGAUGAACCUUAAAGCCUUGUGACCUGCGACAAUAACUGGAUGCAACCAACUAAUUCUACCAAACGACUAAUACCAACAACAGAACUUUUCAACUGAGCUUGUUAAUGUUGACAAAAUCAGACAAUAUAUUUGAUUGCAUACCAACAGCAAUGAUGAUGUUUGGGCAUGACUGCUGGUGUGGUCCUUUAACGUUUCUGUACGAUUAACAUGAAGCUGGAGCAGUAGAGACAGUAUGCUCAGAUUAGCAGAAAGAUUGCAAACAGGGGAAACAGCGAGGGUGGCUUUGUCCAAAGGUAACAAAAACUGCCCACCAGCACCUCUGAAGCUCACUAAUUAUGUUAUGUCUCAUUUUUGUAACCCAAAUACUGAAGUGUAAAAUGGAAGGGGGGCUGUGUAAGACUAUUUUUUUAAUUGGAGCAUUGUCUUUCUGGAGUGGGCUUAAGGGUUAGAUUCUAUCAAAGAUGAGAAGGCUCCUAGCCAAGAAAAAUUAGUGAGUAGUAACUAGUGAAUAUUUCUUUACCUUUAGUCAGAGCCAGGCUAGCUCUUUCCCCCUGCUUCCAGUGUCUGUGCUAAGCUAACCAUCUCCGGGCUCCAUCUUCAUAUUGAGCUCAUAGAUAAGAGAGUGGCAUCGAUCCUCUCAUCAUAUUUCCUAAAACGUCAACGUAUUUCUUUAACCUAAAGGAUGGGUGGGCGGCCCGGUCUCUUAAAAAAAGAUCCUCACGAUGUCCAUCAUGACGACCCAAAUCCCAGUUGACACCUCAUAUCAUAAUAUCAGUUAUGUAUUGACACAUCUCCAGCUCCACUGUCCAUUUAUAAAUUCUUUCAUGUGCUGCUAACCCAUAGAUGAAAUUGAAAGCUGUAUGUUGGCUUGAGCACCGCCAUCAUCAAUCCCACUAAAAUGGAAAGGCUUAUUUCUCAGCUCUGCCACUGGAACAUGGGCCGAAGAAAGAGCCUUUGCAAAAGCACUCAAAUUGGAAUUGAUCCAUUGGCCGACUGUGAACGAGUCAUUCCUUUUGGAACUAUUGACUUAUUCCACUUACUGUGACAACUUUAUGACCACUAUAGCUGAUUUUAAGGGAACAGGAUUUUAGGAGCAAUCGCAAGCACUAAUGUGACUUCUCCAUUUCCCAGAGGUCCUAAUAAUGGAGUGACCUUGGUUUUCAGUGGCUGCAGAGUAUGUCCAACAUAAUUUAACACUGCAGCCUAUAAAUGUUGUGUGCAUAAUUGAAUGAAUGAGUCUUUUGAGUGGCUAAAAGAAUGAAUGCCCUUGUGUUUGUGUUUUGAACAUAUCCAAUACUGCCAGCCACUAAAUAUUUCAACCACUUAACAGUCACGUGUUGAAGAAUUGCAAUUACACAGUGUACAAAACAUUAGGUUCAGCUACUUUCUCUGAAAUUGCCUGGCAAGAUGAAGCGUCAUGGUGAAAGCUACAAUCCCAUUUUUUUAUCUAACCCUCGAAAAUUCUGUUUAAUCAAGAGGGGGAGAUAUAGAUUUGGGGGGAGGCGGAUUACAGGAGGAUUUAGUUUAAGCCUCGAAAGAAGCGAGAAUGGAUUGUACAAAAGGGGAUGCUGCUCAAUAUUAGCAGGAAGUUCAAAAUGUUUUCAUGCUCGGUGUGUAUUACCAAUACAUGAGUCACUUUGAUGUUUUACUGUAUUUACCCGGAAAAACAAGGGAAGGUUCUUGGGUCAAACCUCAUAGCAACAUAGUUAUUUCUUGGGAUGUAUUAUUAUGGCUAAAAUCAACACAAUAAUUAUAUAUCCCUUCCUGUAUCGUCCAUCAACAUUUUGGCCAUUUUUCACUUGCGCUACGCAUGCAAGAGAACAGUAAUUACAUGCCAAUGUUACUGACGGUUAUGUGGAAAGUUGACACUACUGUACAGUAUUUCAAAUUAACUGUGUAGCCCCAGUGAAAGCAGGAAAUGUUGCCCCUGUAGAUAUUAAAGUAUAACCUAUCUCCAGAAUCAAAACUACAUAUUUUCCCUGUUAACUGUAGUUUUUUU